AUGGUGUUGGACACAUCCAAAACCAAAAUGGUGUUGGACACAUCCAAAACCAAAAUGGUGUUGGACACAUCCAAAACCAAAAUGGUGUUGGACACAUCCAAAACCAAAAUGGUGUUGGACACAUCCAAAACCAAAAUGGUGUUGGACACAUCCAAAACCAAAAUGGUGUUGGACACAUCCAAAACCAAAAUGGUGUUGGACACAUCCAAAACCAAAAUGGUGUUGGACACAUCCAAAACCAAAAUGGUGUUGGACACAUCCAAAACCAAAAUGGUGUUGGACACAUCCAAAACCAAAAUGGUGUUGGACACAUCCAAAACCAAAAUGGUGUUGGACACAUCCAAAACCAAAAUGGUGUUGGACACAUCCAAAACCAAAAUGGUGUUGGACACAUCCAAAACCAAAAUGGUGUUGGACACAUCCAAAACCAAAAUGGUGUUGGACACAUCCAAAACCAAAAUGGUGUUGGACACAUCCAAAACCAAAAUGGUGUUGGACACAUCCAAAACCAAAAUGGUGUUGGACAUAUCCAAAACCAAAAUGGUGUUGGACACAUUCAAAACCAAAAUGGUGUUGGACACAUCCAAAACCAAAAUGGUGUUGGACACAUCCAAAACCAAAAUGGUGUUGGACACAUCCAAAACCAAAAUGGUGUUGGACACAUACAAAACCAAAAUGGUGUUGGACACAUCCAAAACCAAAAUGGUAUGGGACACAUCCAAAACCAAAAUGGUGUUGGCGCAUCCAAAACCAAUAUGGUGUUGCACACAACCAAAAGCAAAAUGGUGUAGGACACAUCCAAAACCAAAAUGGUGUUGGACGAAUCCAAAACCAAAAUGGUGCUGGACGCAUCCAAAACCAAAAUGGUGUUGCACACAUCCAAAACCAAAAUGGUGUUGGACACAUCCAAAACCAAAAUGGUGUUGGACACAUCCAAAACCAAUAUGGUGUUGGACACAUCCAAAACCAAAAUGUUGUUGGACGCAUCCAAAACCAAAAUGGUGUUGGACACAUCCAAAACCAAAAUGGUGUUGGACACAUCCUAAACCAAAAUGGUGUUGGACAUAUCCAAAACCAAAAUGGUGUUGGACGCAUCCAAAACCAAAAUGGUGUAGCAAACAUCCAAAACCAAAAUGGUGUUGGACACAUUAAAACCAAAAUGGUGUUGGACACAUCCAAAACCAAAAUGGUGUUGGACACAUCCAAAACCAAUAUGGUGUUGGACACAUCCAAAACCAAAAUGUUGUUGGACGCAUCCAAAACCAAAAUGGUGUUGGACACAUCCAAAACCAAAAUGGUGUUGGACACAUCCAAAACCAAAAUGGUGUUGGACACAUCCAAAACCAAAAUGGUGUUGGACACAUCCAAAACCAAAAUGGUGUUGGACACAUCCAAAACCAAAAUGGUGUUGGACACAUCCAAAACCAAAAUGGUGUUGGACACAUCCAAAACCAAAAUGGUGUUGGACACAUCCAAAACCAAAAUGGUGUUGGACACAUCCAAAACCAAAAUGGUGUUGGACACAUCCAAAACCAAAAUGGUGUUGGACACAUCCAAAACCAAAAUGGUGUUGGACACAUCCAAAACCAAAAUGGUGUUGGACACAUCCAAAACCAAAAUGGUGUUGGACACAUCCAAAACCAAAAUGGUGUUGGACAUAUCCAAAACCAAAAUGGUGUUGGACACAUUCAAAACCAAAAUGGUGUUGGACACAUCCAAAACCAAAAUGGUGUUGGACACAUCCAAAACCAAAAUGGUGUUGGACACAUCCAAAACCAAAAUGGUGUUGGACACAUACAAAACCAAAAUGGUGUUGGACACAUCCAAAACCAAAAUGGUAUGGGACACAUCCAAAACCAAAAUGGUGUUGGCGCAUCCAAAACCAAUAUGGUGUUGCACACAACCAAAAGCAAAAUGGUGUAGGACACAUCCAAAACCAAAAUGGUGUUGGACGAAUCCAAAACCAAAAUGGUGCUGGACGCAUCCAAAACCAAAAUGGUGUUGCACACAUCCAAAACCAAAAUGGUGUUGGACGCAUCCAAAACCAAAAUGGUGUUGGACACAUCCAAAACCAAAAUGGUGUUGGACACAUCCAGACCAAAAUGUUAUUGGACACAUCCAAAACCAAAAUGGUGUUGGCGCAUCCAAAACCAAUAUGGUGUUGCACACAACCAAAAGCAAAAUGGUGUACGACACAUCCAAAACCAAAAUGGUGCUGGACUCAUCUAAAAGCAAAAUGGUGUUGGACACAUCCAAAACCGAAAUGGUGUUGGACACAUACAAAACCAAUAUGGUGUUGGACACAUCCAAAACCAAAAUGGUGUUGGACACAUCCGAAACCAAAAUGGUGUUGUACACGUCCAAAACCAAAAUGUUGUUGGACGCAUCUAAAACCAAAAUGGUGUUGUACACAUCCAAAACCAAAAUGGUGUUGGACACAUGCAAAACCAAAAUGUUGUUGGACACAUCCAAAACCAAAAUGGUGUUGGACACAUCGAAAACCAAAAUGGUGUUGGACACAUCCAAAACCAAAAUGGUGUUGGACGCAUCUAAAACCAAAAUGGUGUUGGUAUUCCAUGGUAUUCAAAAUGGUUUGGUCAGCAGGGAUGAAAACGUUCUGCCCUAUAGAUUCUGUUAA